AUGGCUGACUCUGAAUUACGACUUUUAAAUGGGGCUGAAUUCAAGCUCGCACUAGCCAAAAGCUCAGAAUCAUUCGAAUCGUUAAUUUCUGUAUACCUGGCACCCAUUCUUUUAAAGCUUGAUUCACCUUAUGAACCCGUCAGAAAUAAAACUAUAACAAUUGCGAAUCAUGUUAUGACACGAAUUACAAGUGAAACGAAUAUACGAUUACCUAUGCUUGCUCUUGUUAAGCAGUACAUUGAAGCAAAUCAAGCUCUUCGAAAACGAUUUCUCGUAGCUUUUAUCAGUAUAGGAAAAGCCAGAUUGCCUCCUUCUCCUGACGUUGACUUAUUGCAAGUAUGCCUUAGUCAUGUAAAUAAUCAUCCAAUUGUUCUAUUAAACUUAACGAUUCGCCUUUUAAAUAUGAUACGCCCCGUUCCGUCGAUAACAUGUACUGAAGAAGUUUGCUUUAUCAUGUCUUGUUUUUUUCUAAUCCAGUCCUCUCAGACCCUGUUUACUGAAUUACAACAUAGUCCAAAAACAGUAGAGUACCGGAAAGGAGUUUUGAACUGGUUAGAAAAAAGCGAAUGGCCAAAAACGUGGAAUUGGCUUGCCUAUUUCUUCGCUUCUUCCGAUACACACAAAGAAGUUGCUCAGCUGGCUGAUGAUUUGGUACGCAAUACAAAUGGAUCUCCGGAUAUCGAAAAUAAAAAUCACGUAGAAAUACUGUUGGACAUUGUUUUAGAUGAUUUUUACGUGGAAUACUUAAGUUUGAAGUUUUCUAUCCCCGUUACAUUGAGGAAUAAAGCCUUGCAAUAUCUUUUACGGAGCAAUAUUGCCUGCACAAAUCCAAAAUCGAUGAAUUGCAUCAAACUUAUCCUUGAAGCUCCACCAACUUUGCAGUCCAAAUUAAUUCAAUUCACUCGGUGGAUAUCAGCCAAUGCAGAUCCAAGUGUUCUAAGACCAAGAGCAGCUGGCAUUCUGGACGACAUUUUUAAUAUUCUUUCGAAUUCGACGAUUAGUAAUGAACUUUUACGAGGAUUUUUAUAUACUUCUAUUGGAUUAUUAGCCAAGUCAAAUUCUGACUUAGUUUCUACUUCACUACUUUCCACUUUACUGUCUGCGUUGCAGGUCGAAUCCCCUGAUGUACGUGUAGCUAUAGAUGAAUCGUUAUCAAUAAUCCUUCCUUUUUUCAAAAACUUUCAUUCACCUUACGAGCUAUUGCCUAUAAUUGAAAAGUACUUGAUUACGACACCGAACUCACCUGCCGCAUCUUCUUCUCUUCGCUAUCUUUUAGUCGCGUUUCCGUUUGAAUUUCUUCCUUCGAGGUUUUUAUGUCUAAAAACUCAAGAUCCUUCUGUUUUUCCUUCGUUGCUAUCCGAGGAAGCAAAAAAGGGCCUUUUCUUAUCUAGGUGGCUCCUUCAUAAUAACGUUUACUUAGACUACGCCAUAGUAAAGGAUCCCUCAACAUCGUCUACUGUAUAUCCUAAUACAGACGAUGCUAUUUUACAUCUUAUCGCCGAAUACAAUCCAGAAGCAUUAUGGAAAAGUUUUAGCGUAGAAGUUUGCUCAUCGAUGCUUGGUUUCAUCAAAAGAUGCAUGGCUUAUCAAAUAACCAAAGAUCUCAAUAUAUGUGAUGACAAUGAGUUGUUUGAUACAUUGUUGAGAUCUGAUCUUAGUUUAAGAAAAGAUUUUGCUCAGCUACUUUCGACUGUGAAGUACUUGCAACCCUUUUUGCGUUUUGUCUUUGAAGGCGUCUUACUGCAUUCUCAGGAGGCUGUUCAUGUAUUUAAUCAGCUUCUAUUUUUUACAUCACCGGAUAUCCUGAUGGAGUUCUCAGAAGACGCUCUUAUGAAGCAAACAUUGGUUGCUCCUGCCCAGUUAAGAGAUACAAUGUCUCGAAGUUCAGGACUGCUUUUAAGUACGAAGGGAUACAAUCUUGUUUUCCAACAGCUUGAAACAUUAUUACGGGUAAUUAAGAUAUCGAAUACUCGAAAUGAUAGCUUUUCAAAAAAUAUAACCGCUCUUUUUAUCAUUGGUUAUACAGUUUCAUUUUCGGUGUUUAGGAAUGGCAACAGAAUUUUAAGUUCAGAGUACGCUUCUAUACUGGGAGAAUUCUUUAGCAUUCUUUAUGCCUAUCUUCAGUCUGACGGAUCUGGUGAAAAGCGGGCCGCACUAUCUGUCUACCAAUUUAUAUUUUUGAACAUUCGCAUUGAAGAUUUAACCAAACAAUAUCUUCAUUUAAAAGAUGUUAUUGAGACUAUAGUGAAUGUCGCAAAAUCUGAAAAAGAUACGACUCUCCGCAUUCAGGCUAUGAUUACUUUAUCACAUGUCCCAAUUUCUUUGAACGAACCUUUCGACCAUGACUUAAUCGAAAUGAUUCUUAAUACUAUAUAUCUGACUUAUCAUGAUGAUUCCCCUGAUAUACUGUUCGCAAGUGCAGAAUCGAUGGCUAAUUUUGCAGGCGGUAUGUGUUGCACAUUUACAAAAACGAAAUUACCUUUUCAAGAAGGUACUGAAAAUGUAAAUACCUUGUCUCCCUUGUAUGCAAUGGUUCUUUCAAAAAUUGUUGGGGAAUGGUCUAAAUCUUCAAGACCGCUACUUCGUAAGGCCUCCUCUCUGUGGUUAUAUUACAUAGUUAAGUUUUGUAAAUGUCAGGCAUACACCUUUGAGCGUUUUAACGACAUAUAUCAUACUUUCUUAACUUUUUUGGUUGACCUGGAUGACUUUAUCCAAGAUACGGCUUCAAAAGGUUUGAAAGCAGCGUACGACCUCCUAGACGAUGAAAAAAAGAAAAGCUUUACGACUAAUCUGAUCAGCACCAUUACUGCUGACAGAGUAGAUCCGACUACCAAGGCUCCUCUGGAUGCCGAUACUGCCUUAUUUACCACCAAUCAAGGCUCCAUAACCACUUACAAAGAUAUAUGUUCGUUGGCUUCUGAAAGUGGAAAUCCAGAUUUGGUUUACUCUUUUCUUAGUAUUGCAAACACGAAUUCUGUUUGGCAGAGUCGCAAGGGAUUGGCAAGUGGACUUGGCUAUAUGAAUAUUAGCAAUGACGAAAAGCGAAAGCUCUUUGCAGUUAAAUCACAAACAGGAUCUAGUUUACUUACAAAACUCUAUUUAUACCGACACGAUCCAAAUGUAUCUGUUGCUAGAACAAUGACAGAAAUUUGGAAUUCUUUAGUACCUUCUGAUCUUGAUCUAAAAUCACAUCGUCAGAAUCUCAUUUCGUCUUCUUUAAACAGUAUGAGUGAUUAUUCUUGGAGGGUUCGUGAGUCUGGCGUUAACUCGCUUGUUGAUUUAUUGAGUAACGUGCCCGUUUUGGAAUAUAUCGACCAACUACAAGAAAUAUGGAGAAUGUCCUAUAGGACUUUAGAUGAUAUCAAAGAAAGCGUUAGAACGGCUUCGUUCACGUUGUGUAAACUAUUGGCAAGAGCUGUCAUCCAAACGAUUGAAAAUACUUCCCUCAAUACGACUGAUACUGGAUUAAGUAGAAGUCGUAAAAUAAUGUCCAUAGCCGUUCCUUUUCUAUUAAAAUGUUGCCAUGAAGAUGCAAAAGAUAUUCAGUCAUUUUCAUAUUCCACCAUAACUGAAUUGGUGAAGUUCACAAACCCUGCACUAACUCCGUUUGUUCCUUCAAUUAUUGAGAUAAUGCUGGAUUAUUUGACCAAAUAUGAGUCGAACGCAGCAUCCUUUUUAGAAUUCCAUGCCUCUACUUAUAAGGUAAAAGCCGAGGACUUAGAUUCCGCUCGGGUCUCAGCAGUGCAAAGUUCUUCGAUGAUGUCAAAUAUUGAAAAGUGUCUUUCAAUUCUAAAUGAAGAGUCGAUGAAGGAUUUGGUUCCUAUAUUGCAAAGAAUGAUAACUCGUACUACUGGCGUGCCAACGAAAAUAGGUAGUGCCCAAAUUUGCAUGUUGCUAGUAAUAAGACGCCAAGACUUUGUUGCCCCUUAUGCUGCCAAGUUCAACCAAGCGUUAGUAUCGUCUUUAUUUAGCAAAAAUGGUGCUGUUAAUACCUCGUUUACUUCAGCAUUGGGUUACACUUUACGAGUAACUCCUUUGAAUCUUGCUGAUGAAGUAUGUCGGGAAGUAUUAAACAAGUUUUAUGAAGGAGACGAGUUUACCCAAACCGUAUGUGCAAACUUUGUCCGAGCGCUUACAAGGUUCGCUCCAGAUUUGCUGCAUAACAUUGGCUCAACACUUUUUCCUUUUAUUUUUUUCGGUAAGCACUCGUCGUUUGCCCAGGUAUCAUCAAUUUUGGAGAAGCUUUGGAAUGACACAUCGUCGGGUGGAAGUUCCGUUAAUCUUUAUAAAGAUGAGAUUCUUGAAAUUAUUAAAUCAAAUCUGGAAGCAACACAAUGGGACUUGAGGCGACCAGCUGCUGCAACUUUGUUAAGUUUUGUUCACAGCAGCCGUCUUAACGAUUCUGAAGAAGUUUAUACACUCCUAGUAACUAAAAUGAAAGAACGGAGCUGGCCAGGGAAAGAAUAUUUACUAGAAAGCUUAGUUCAGUUAGCUAUAAAGUGCCCCGGAUACAUAAACGCGACCAAGCUGGAUGAAGUUUUAGAGAUAUUACAACGAGAACUACGAAGAAGAAAUACUUUCUAUAAGUUGAAAGGAACCCGAAUCUUAGGUGACUUCUUGAGCGAUCCUUCUUAUAGAGGUGUACAAUUCUAUGACUUCUGUAUGGAUGAAUUUCAAUUGUUUCUCGAUGAAUCAUGGUUUCAUGAAGAAGACUCUGAAUUUUCGAUAGAAGACAGGAUUCAGUUGCAAAUGAACGUUGUGUAUGUUAUGGCUAGCUCCUGUAGAAACGGAAAUGAUGGUCGUCUUGUCGAAAGCUUGGCAAAAACGUUGGAUCAGAAUUAUCUUCAUUGGAAGGUUAAGUUGGAAAUACUUAAACAAGCUCAGAAAAUGAAGUGUCUUUUGCAGGAUCCUUUGGAUGUCAAAUUUUUAAACGUGCUGGCUCGUUGCUGCGAAGGAAACCCAUCACCGAAAGCUAAAGAUUUUGCUGAAAACGUUUUAGGCGUUGAUAAUCUAAAACUUCUGAAACUGUAA